AUGACAGAAUUAUUAUUAUCUGCUGGUGUGUCAGCAUUAAUUCAUUCCAAAGUCCACAGUAAAAAGGUUGGAAACUCAAUACCUUUGAGUGCCAGCAAAUUGCACAAGAGUAUGCAUUCUAGUGGACCAGUCUCAAGUCCAGAUAAAUCUUCGAGUAGUAAUUCAGUGAUCUAUAUCUCUGAUGUAAGCUCUGGAGCUAGUACUGCAUUGGAUUUCAUUGAAAAUGGAAGCUUAUCAGCUUUAAAAUCUCUUUAUUGUUCGACGAUGAAACGAAACAUAGAUGAAGUUGCUUUUGUUUGUAAUGGAGCAAAGUUAAACUGUGCACUGUCAAUCUCCGACUACAAAAUCAAUAGAUCCUCUAACGUCAUUGCCGUUCCAUCUGCAGGAAACAGUGCUGCUCCGCCAAUUGAUUUCCAUCUAGACGAUGCCACACUUGCACCAAGUUAUAACUAUGACUUUAGAGGUAUUAAAGUUGAUAGUGAUGUCUACAAGCGUGGAGGACAAAUCUAUGAACGACCAGUUGGUUAUAUGCGUUACGCUAUGACUGUACUUGGUCAAUAUUCAGAUGGUGAUCAAUGGCUUGGCGUGAAAGGCCGUCCAAGUUCAACAGAGUCGGCACCGGGCGAGUGGAUUGUCUCCUAUCAUGGAACUGACACCGAUGAAUUCGGUAGCAUGUCCAACAGUGGAUAUAAGAUAUCAGAGUCUGAGCAAAAGACAUUCAGUCGUGGGAUCUACUCCACUCCAAGCAUCAAGUUGGCAGAGAGAUUUGCACAGAGGUUCGAAUUCGAAGGUGCUCAAUACCUGGUAAUCCUACAGAAUCGUGUCAAUCCAAAUACAGUCGAAAAACUUGGUAAUGGAACAUACUAUCUUUCACCAAACGAAUCUGAUGUUAGACCAUAUGGAAUCUGUAUCAAGAAAAUAUAA